CACACACACCAUGACAAAUUGUUGUUUUUUUGUUAUUCAUAAUAGGUUAGCCUUGAUCAGCUGAUCUUGAGGUUUCAACUGGAGAACAUAGACACAGAGCGGCCGUUGACGGUGGCUGUACGCCGCCAGAAUGUGCUCGAAAGUGCCUUCUCGGUGCUCAGCCGGUCGUACUUUGAGUGGCAAAGGGAGCCGAGGAUGGAAUUCCUCAACGAAAUGGCGGACGACUAUGGUGGUCCCAGGAGGGAAUUUCAAAGACUCCUAAUGAUGGCCAUUCAGGGCACCCUCGGGGUUUUUGAGGGACGCUCAAAUGAGCUAUUUUUCACGUAUGACCUUCGUGCCUUGGAGCAGCAGAAGUUCUUCAAGGCGGGGAAAUUGACCGCUUGGUCAGUGGCCCACGGUGGCCCGGGGCCCCGGUCAAUAAGUAGGUCGGUUUACCUGCUUAUGUGCCACCAGUCAGCACCCCUAAGUGACCUCGACAUAGGGGUGCUGCUCGACGAGGAUAAAGGGGGCAAACUGCAACAGUUGAAGGCCUGUCGCACAGAGGAGGACCUGCAGCGACUGAAGGUAUCCUGUGGGGAAUGGGUCUCUGACUGCGGGGUGCCCUCCUUCUACACCUCUACAUUGCAGGAGAUGCCUCAAGUCAUUGAGAGGGUAGUGGCCAACUACUGCUUCCAUCGAGUGGCCAGUAUGGUGCAGCAGUAUACUGCCGGGUUGAACUCCUGUGGACGUUUUUUCGACCUUGUCUCUGCAAAUUGGCAGCAGUUUCUGCCAAUUUUCUGCUCAACGGGGGGGAAAUUGACCCGGCAGACCUUCAGAGGCCUAUUCCUGACGGACUGGAGCCCUGAGGGCAGUAAUGCCAGGGGGGAGGAGGAGGAAACCAUCUUCCAGUAUGAUGACUGGCUCAUCAAAGUUGAAGAGGGAGAGGUGGAUGCCACCUUAGAAGACCUCUUAGUCUUUGUCACGGGAGCCGAUCAUCCUCCAGCCCUGGGCUUCCCGAGGAAAUGCGAGGUUCAUUUCUUCGACCAGGAGCCAGGGACAAGGCGGCUUCCCUAUGCCUCCACCUGUGCCCUCUUCCUCUACCUUCCAAGAGGUGUUAGGGAGGAGGAGGAUUUUGCGGAUAUGAUGAGCACAUCUCUUGUUGGGUCCCUGGGGUUUGGGAAGGUUUAACCUGACCAAACCCCUCCUCCCUUGGAGACAGGACUCCGCCCCCACCUCCCUUGGAGACAGGACUCCGCCCCCUC